GCUUAAGCAAGUGAGUGAAAGAGGAAGAGCCUCCUCUCCUCUGAUGUGUUGGGAUGUUGUAUUUUGCCUUCAGAACAUGGUGAAACCAAGUCUGUACCAGAAGCAGCUUUUGAAGGAUGUGCAUGUACUGAAAAAUUGACUGAAUGGAAGGUUAAGGUACUGAUGUUGUACUAGUCUUGUUCCUCUACUUCAAGUCAGUAUGUCGCAGAAAUUGGAGGCUCCGCUUUCCUUGUCUGACUGCCUCUGCCAAAUUUGCAUGGAGAUCUUUGUGGAGCCUGUGACACUGCCAUGCAACCAUACCCUCUGCAAUUCUUGCUUCCAGCUGACAGUUGAAAAGGCCAGUCUUUGUUGCCCUUUUUGUCGGCGUCGAGUCUCUUCCUGGGCACGAUAUAAUGCCCGCAGAAAUACUCUUAUCAACUGGGAAUUCUGGGAAAAGAUUCAGAAGAAUUACCCAAAGGAGUGUGAGCGUAGGAUUAACGGGCAGGAUUUGGAAGAGGAAAUCUGUGUCCCCCAUCCGCGACACCAGCUGAGCAAGCCUGGGGAACUGAGGCAGGAAUAUGAAGCAGAGAUUAGCAAGGUGGAGGCAGAAAGGCGAGCACAUGAGCAAGAGGAGAACAAGGCAAGUGAGGAAUACAUUCAACGGCUUCUAGCAGAAGAGGAGGAGGAACGCAGAUUGGCAGAAGAGAGGCGGAGGGAGAUGGAGAAACAGCUGAAGCAAGAUGAAGAGUUGGCCUGGCAGCUGAGCAACAGUCUGAAUGACGAUUCCAAAGGACAUGUGCUCAGCAGUCCUUCACCAGCAGGCAGUUUCUCAGCUGAAACAUCCCCAGCUAGUUUGUGCAAGACAAGGAACAAACCAAGCAGCCCUGGAGACAUUCAGAAGUAUCUGUCUCCAAAGCUUCAUCAUCCAUUGGGAUCAGCAUCAUUCUCCAGAACAGCAGGAAGAGGCAGGAGUGACUCUGACUCUGUGGAGACCAAUAGCAAUGAAGGCAGCAGUUCUGUGUGGCAAGACGAGCAAGAGGAAAUGCCAACGCUGUCUCCACAGCUGACUGGUGUGAUUAAAGAUGCCAGUGCUAAGGACUCAUUUUUGGAAUCAUGCAUGAACUAUUUCAGUGCCUCAGCUUCAGAAGAAACGGCCACUGCCAAGCAGGAAAAAACACCAGGACCAAAUUGUCUAGGAGACAAAGUUCCAGAUGCACUUCAUGGAAUCACAAAAGGGGAAGGAUCUGGAACAGUUCUUCAUAGAUCCAAAGGAGAUGAUGAAAUUGAGUCAGACAGUGGCUGUUUAACACAUGUAGAAAGCAUAAACCUUCCAAACUCUGCUGAAACUUGUACCUGUAUUCAGUCAGCAACAAAUUCUGUGAUGUCUGGCAGCAAAAGUGUAAUAUGUGAUCUCAUGAAGGUGGCUAGACACUCAGAUGAAGAGAAACCAGAGAGACUGCAGAACACUAAGGAGACUCCAAAAAGAAAGUUGCUGGAGCCACCAGCUGAAGCAGUGCUUGACUUGUGCGUGCUUGAUAAGAGGAGAAGAACUUUUCCAGAAAGUUUAGAGGACCAAGGGGAGCAGAUAAAUGAUUUUAACUUGCAAAUACAGAAAGCCUUUGAGCAGGAGUUCUAUGAAAGGCGUAUGCAAGAGGAGCAGGACAGGCUUCUGGCUCUGCAGCUACAAAAACAGAUAAACAAGGAGGAAAGGACACUGAAUCGACAAAAGGGCUCCCCAGAUGAGUACCUUCUUCGCACCAAACCACCUCAGUCUGUGAAAGACUCUCCUGCUAGAAAGGGAAGUUCUAAGAUGGCAAAAGACUCAAAGGUACCAAAAAAACAGGCUGAAACAAAUCACCGCAAGACUCGGAAAGGUUCUUGCAAUGAAAACUGGCAGUCCCCUACCAGAGUCCGAAUGAAACCACCCAGCAUCAAGGAAGGAAAAGUUUUGAAUUGUGUGGUUAAUACCAGUGACACAAAUGAUAUUUGUUCAUUACCUAAGAAUAAGCAAAAGACAAUCCUUCAGAUGUUUAAAAGCUCUGUUGCAGAGUAGAUCAACAGAAACACAGACAUGUGGUGGAAUAAGAAUUAAAACUGUGGUGGUUUGUUUCCUCCUGUUAGGCAAAGCUUCCUGUAAACAGUUUUAAAUUUGCUGGUUUUGAGGGGGAUCGCUUUGGGCCACAAAGUGUUACAUGUUCUGAGAAGUUUUAAUAACAUACGCCCCCAGACUUUAAAAAAUUUUAAUUUGUCUUCUUGACUACAGCUUGUUUUCUAGCAUUUGCAUUUACCUAAUUUUGAGUGUUAAUAUUGUUAGUGUUUAAAAACAAAAAUAACUGAUGGCCUUAUCUUAAAAUGAGCAAUUGGAGCCUUCUACGGAAAGGAUGCAUGUUCCAUGGAGGAAACAAGU